AUGGCUUACAAGACUCCCGAAUUCGAGAAGCUCGUGCUAGCGACGAUAAAUGAAUUUCGCGUCCCCGGUCUUUCGCUCGCAGUUGUACAAGGCGACGACAUCUACUCCAAGGCGUAUGGCUAUUCGGAACUGCCCGAUACCCGAGCGACUACAGACACCCUGUUCGACCUCGCAAGCACUUCCAAGUGUACCACUGCGGCCGCCGUGGCUGUUCUCGUAGACGAUGAGCAGUAUCCAGACGUACAAUGGACAACACCCGUGUCAAAGAUUCUCCCCGAGGACUUCGUUCUUCCUGACCCAGAUCUCACGGAACAAGUCACCAUUGAAGAUAUUCUGAGUCACCGGAGUGGCAUUGCAACGCACGACGAGUCCUACCUCAGCGCACGAGCGAAGCACCCCGACAAUGCGAAGUCCCUGACGCGCAAUUUGCGCAACCUCGAAUCCGUCAAACCACUUCGUACCGAGCACAUCUACUGCAACAUCAUGUUCAGUGUUGCUGUGCACCUCAUCGAAACUGUCACCGGCAUGUCCUACACCGACUUCAUCCGGACCAACCUCUGGAAACCACUCGGCAUGACCAACACAUUCCACGACGUACCCGACAUUCAAGCCAACAGCGACACCGACCGACGCGCAAGGCCAUACUACUGGAACAGCGAAUCUGAGUCUUACGUCGCACUCCCUCACUACCCUCCUGCCCCCGAAGGUCACGGCGCAGGCUGCGUCUUCAGCAGCGCAGGCGACUACGCGAAAUACAUCCGCGCGCUCAUCAAACGUGACCCCAUUCUAUCCGAAGACAGCCACAAAGCGCUCGCCACGCCCCGCAGCUUCGAUCUCCUCGGCGACGAGAAAUGGUCCAUACCCUACAAGAGCGACGAACUCUACACCCUCGGCCUAUCCCGCACGACCUAUCGCGGACACACGGUCAUCGGACAUUACGGCUCGGUGCCUGGCUUCAAAGCCAUGGUUUGCUUCCUCCCCAAGUUCGCCUGGGGCCUCGUCAUCUUCGGGAACUCGGACACCGCCAUGUACGUCAACGACAUCCUGAAGUUCACAUUGCUGGAUGAUGUUCUCGGCGUACGCGACGAAGACCGCGUCGAUUGGAGCGCGUUCUUCAAGAACUUCCAGGCCAUGGACGAUGCGGAAGAAGCGGAGAAACCGGAGUGGACGAAGGUGGAAGACGCGCUACCGCUUGACGUUCCUCUUGACGCGAUAGUAGGCACCUACCAGAACGUUGGGUACAAGAGCCUCGUAAUCGAAAUGAAGGACGGCAGGCUUGUUGCGGACUGCACCGAUCGAUGCUUUCCGUACAUGCUUACGUUCGCACACCUCAGCGGUCACACGUUCGCGGUAGAGAUGCACGGCGUGUGGGAGGGGAAGCUGUAUAGUACCAUUCGAGGCGAGAUUCGAAUGGAGGCUGGGAAGGUUGUCGCGGUCGGUGUGGGCCUCGAGAGCGACGUGAAGGGCGGUCUUAUCUGGUUCGAUCGUGUGAUGUAG